AUGACGGAUCCGACCUCACGAACGCCGACGCUUCCGCGGAAAGUCGUGCCGCCCGCCCGACCGCCCCUAGUAGGGAUUACGCCGAGCCUACUCCCGGGCUCCAGGCCCCAGUUAAGUGACGGGGGGCAGCUCUGGAGGAGGGUCGUCACCCGCCGCAUCCGGGACACGACGGAGAUGAUCCGCCGCGGACUCGUGGGACCACGGCAGCCGCCAGAGAACAUCCCGAUGGUGGACCUCUCGGACGAGGAGAACACGCCGCCGAACCGUGUCGCUCCUCCCUCCGCCCCGGUCGGGGGACCCGCCGUUUCCUCCACCACCGGGCCGACCAUCCGCCACGAUCUUCUUUUACCGCCACAUACGAUCCGGCUGGUGAAGGCGCCGAAGACGAAGAGAGUCGCCGCCGUUUCCGCGGCCGGGGCCGCUGCCCCGGUCGUGCCACUCGCGCUGGCCAUCCAGAGGCUGACAGCCGAGACCACCGCUCCGACCGCUCCGUCCCUCGCUCCGGCCACCGAGAGGCCGAUUAUAAGAGACCUCCCGCAUACGGCGACCGCCCCUGCCGCCGCCGGGCCCAAGCGGGCCGAAAUAGUGACCGGAGCGGGAUCCUCUGCUCCGGGGAUACCUCCCCGGAUGCCGAGGGACCCGUUUUACGUAGUGCGCGCAACACCGCGAGAAGAACACGACGUCCUCGUUGACGGGUGCCUGAUCCGGGUGCCCAUUGGCGUUAAACGCUGGCGCACCCGGAUCGGGAAGACGAAGUACGCGCUCCGACUCGACCCGGCGACUGGCGCGGUACGCCAUUGGUCUAAGCGCCAAUUAUAG